AUGACUUGCAGGAAACAGUUUAAGCCAGAGAAAUUGCACUCACACAUGAAAUCGUGCAGAGGAAAGAAAGCUCUAAACAAGACUGCUGCAGCUUCUGUGGACAAGAUACCUCAAAUGGGAUCAACGACUUCAACUUCUGAACAAUCGUCUGCCGCCUAUUUUCUUGACCAGCUCAAUAUGCGCAGUACGGACUGA